UUGGUCUCUUUAAGCGCUAUCGAUAUAAAACAUAAAAUACAAAACUUCAUUCAAAUUGUAGAAACCAUUUCUGAUAAAGCAAUUAUAAGUCUAUAUACACAAGGGGUUUCUUCGCCCGUGUACCGUGCAGUAUCGUCUCCUGUAGUAUACAACGCAUACCGGACACAGCCUGUGAAUUACGUCUCGUACCCAACAACAUACACCGCAGCCGUCCCUCAAGUAUAUUCAAGCCCAGUGUACACGCAAACAUCCCAAGUUUCAGCACCAACAGUGUACGACGCUGAGCAUUCCUCGAAAACGACUUCUACCUCCCACUACAAAGUACAAUCACCAUCAACAGUGACUACAUACUCCGUACAACAGGCGCCCACUUACUCCGUACAACAGGCGUUGAGCCUGCAAUGGUGCUGUCAAAAGACAAGAAGGAAAAGCAAGAGAGACAAACUAUAUUUUGCGUUCUUAAUUUAA